CCUCAACGUUCAGCAUGGGAGGCGCCACGGUGGCGGCGAUAUCCUGCAUGACAAUCCUUCUCCUACUAGGAUCAUGGGUGGAGGGGGAGGAGGACCUACCUAGCGAUGACGUUCUCCAAGCUGUCAAGCUCCUGCAGGGAGCGUCAGGACAGCGAAGAAGCGUCACUAGAGGCAGAGAAGGGUCGUCAGAUGUGGAGGAGGAAGAAGACUCCUUAAUUCAGAAUGUUUUACAGGAUUUUGCUAAGAUCAGAGACACUGGCGACGACAGAGAGCGUCCACAGAGCGCCAAGCCUUCGAUGCCGCCCCAGUCCACGCUACGGGUUCUUGACGUGAGGGUUGACGCCUCCAGUAACUCUAUCCCCAUGGAGAAGCUAGUAGGGGCUGACACCUCCAGGAACCUUCGUCGCCAGACAGCUUCAUCAAGUUUCUCCCAGAGGACGGGCGUCGCUCCUGGGGAAGAAGAGCAGAUCUCCACCACGUUUAAGAAGGGUCGUCUAGGGCGUGUCCGGGUGGUGACAAUCAAGAGACCUCUGGGGCAAGUUGAGGCCAGGGAGGAAGCGCACGAAGAUUACGACCUGUCGCUGUUUGACCCUAACAACGUGUAUUCUUUUGUUGACUGGGGGAAGCGUUUGGACCAUCACAAGACCGAGGAUGACACUGCGGCGUCUGGUAGCGCAAAGGCCAAGUCAACGAGGACGCCACAGAGGAGACCCACAACUCUGGCGCCCGCUACUCUGGCUGCUAUACCAGGCGCCGUCACUCCCAGCACACCAGGUGGCACCAGCCGGCCGCGCUUUACUCCAACAAGACAACGUGGAACAAAUAACAAAAUAAGUGUGGCAUCCACCACCAGACCACGUGUUCCUGCCAGGGAUAGAUCAGGUUUUACAACCAGACCACAUUUCAAGUCUGUCCCGAGGACGCGUGUUACACAGCAAGUCACGCCCACUGCCGUACGCACAAGACCUCGUGUGACCUCUGAUAAAUCAAGAGGUACCUCCACAGCCACCAGCACUACUAACUCUGCAGAAAAGUUCGGUGACGAAGACGACGAUGUCCCAUUCAACGCCCUGGAAGACAUACCGCGAGUAUCAUCAAAAAUCUCCGAUGAGUAUCCCGAUUACGACAAUGACUCCCAACCACCAAGAGCCCCGACAGGUCUUCUACGCCCCAGACUAACACAACAAGGUUCUCCAAGACCUACACAGUCCCGUUUGCUUACUCCGGUCACCUCCAACUUUUUAAGACCUCGUCCAGUCACUUUCCCAUUUACCUCAGUAGCUCCACUUACUCCCAGUUCCCCGAGUCUGGUGAACUCGCCCUCACCAGCACCUCCCCGGGUACCCGUGAGAGGCGUGACGACACCCUCAAACUCGCCGUUCAGCUCCUCCUUCUCCACCUUCUCAUUCAACCGAUUACCGGAUACCCAGAGCACCCACGCCCCUGCUAGUGUCUCGCCCACGCAUUCUGGUACAUCGUUCUUCACCUCUCCACGUCCUCCAGUAACCAGCUCUUUCUCCCCUCUCCGGAUCACCUCUCCUGGCCCCUUCCCCUUCACCUCCCCACGAUCAUCAUUCUUCAACUCGCCCAGACCAGCACAGUUCCCGUCGUCGACCUCAGUGUCACUUGAGUCUCCGAACACCGCUUCCUUCACCACCCCGAGCACGCCCUUAUUCACCACCCCGAGCCCCCUCCUCUUCAACAAUCCCUCCUUGACAGGUUUCACUCCUUCUGAUCCAUCGCAGUUCACAUCUAGCCCAUCACGGCCCACAUCAGCCACCCCGACACAAUUCGGUUUCCGUCAUUCACAAUUUCCUUCUCCCAAUCCAGUCCAGUUUAGCUCUCCUGUCCCGUUCCAGGUUACGUCUCUUAGCCCGACCCAGUUCAGUUCUCUUCCAUCCCAGUCUACCUCUCCACGUUCAUUCCAGUCUACCUCUCCACGUUCAUUCCAGUCUACCUCUCCACGUUCAUUCCAGUCUACCUCUCCACGUUCAUUCCAGUCUACCUCUCCACGUUCAUUCCAGUCUACCUCUCCACGUUCAUUCCAGUCUACCUCUCCACCAUCAUUCCAGUCUACCUCUCCACGUUCAUUCCAGCCUACCUCUCAACAAUCAUUCCAGUCUACCUCUCCUCGUCCAUUCCAGAUUACUUCUCCCAGCCCAAACCAGUUUUCUUCUCCUGGUCCAUCCAGGUUUUCCACCUCCCGACCCACACUGUUCACCAACUCUCACAGCCCCUUCCUCGACCCUGUGACCACUCCCCAUCCUUCCUUCGUGUCGUCCUCGGCGCCGACCUUCCUGCCUUCAAGUCGUCCAGGAGGUCAACCAUUCACAAACAUCAACACCCAGAAGCCUCCCCACACUGGCUUUUCCCUGGAAUCCUUCAACCCAGGAUCCCCCUUUUUCAAUUCGCUGAAGCUAGGAGUGCCAAGUCAGUCAGUCGAAAGAAACCAAGGCAGUCACCGGUCAACCAAUAGUCAAGAAGUUGACCGCCAGAGAGGCCGGUCUCAAACAUCAAAGGCGUUGGUUUCUCCACCAGGUCAAGUGUUUUCGACACGACGGCCACCACAAGUCGUCCCGUCACCUCCUCCUCCAACCCUCCCUCCACUGCCCAUUCUGUCGCGUCCCUCCUCCUCCUCCCCCUCACAGAGGGGCUUCUCGUCUUCUCCCGCAGUGUUCAGCAGGCCAACACUACCCAGGUUCUCCACGACCCCCACCCCGUCAAGUAGCCCCUUCACUCCCUCCCACACCACGUUCAACUUCAGGCCGCUGUCAUCGACCACCACCACGUUCCCUCCUUCAUUUGCUUCUAUUACUACCAACCCCACCUCCCAGUCUUCGGUCUCACCCACACAUUUUACUGUCAAUCGUAACAAUAACAAUAUACAGGGCGCAAGAGGUCAACCCAACGAGCCUCGUCCUACUACUUUCUCUCCUCCUCGACGGGUAGUUCCUGGCAACACCUUCCAGUUUCUGAUGCAUCAUAACGACCAUAACACAGAUAUACUCCGCAACGGCGUGACGUCUACACCUCAACCAACAACCACCCUAACUUCUCCCCCCUUCUUCCGCUUCUUCUCCACGACCAGAGCCACCCGCACACCCUCCACACUCCGGGCCAUCUCUCAGCCAACCCAGCCUGUCACUUCCACCGAACCACCUGGCGUCAAUUCCUUCCAGAGCUUCCGUGUUCCAGUACCGAUAACAUCCUCCUCCCUGCCAUCAACUCAGCCAAACCCCAACACUUUCCAAAACACUUUCCAAAGUUCCCGGAUUUCCUCAACGCCGAAGACCUUAGCUUCCGUGAGAGCCUCACCACCCAGCACCACCUUCCAGAAUUCCGUAAAUCGAGGCACUUCAGAUCCGAGGCAAUCAAUAGGGAACAACUUCGUCGGCCACGUCACCAAUUCCCCCACCCUGACCCCCCUUCCCCCAAGGACCACCACCACCUCUCCUUUCUUCGCAGCAUUUGGUCGCCUUCAGACCAGUGCACCUGGAGACAAGUUCACUAACACUUUUGACGGAGGUAAUACUCAGACUAACACUUUCCGCUCAUCUAACCCUGAGAAUAGUACUCUUAAUGCAGGUAAUGUUCACAAGGUAGCAUUUAACACAGGUAACUCCCAGACCGGUACUUUUAACACAGGUAACUCCCAGACCGGUACUUUUAACACAGGUAACUCCCAGACCAGUAAUUUAAACACAGGUAACUCCCAGACCGGUAAUUUUAACACAGGUAACUCCCAGACCAGUAAUUUUAACACAGGUAACUCCCAGACCAGUACUUUCAUCACAGGUAACUCCAAGACCGGUACUUUCAUCACAGGUAACUCCCGGACCAACAAAUUCAAUUCAGGUAACUCCCAGACCAGUAAUUUUAACACAGGUAACUCCCAGACCGGCAAUUUUAACACAGGUAACUCCCGGACCAACAAAUUCAAUUCAGGUAACUCCCAGACCAGUAAUUUUAACACAGGUAACUCCCAGACCAACAAAUUCAAUUCAGGUAACUCCCAGACCAGAAAUUUUAACACAGGUAACGCCCAGACCAGCAAUUUUAACACAGGUAACUCCCAGACCAACAAAUUCAAUUCAGGUAACUCCCAGACCGGUAAUUUUAACACAGGUAACUCCCAGACCAACAAAUUCAAUUCAGGUAACUCCCAGACCAACAAAUUCAAUUCAGGUAACUCCCAGACCAGUAAUUUUAACACAGGUAACUCCCAGACCCGUACUUUCACCACAGGUAACUCCCAAACCGGCAAUUUUAACACCGGUAACCCCCAGACCAACGAAUUCAAUUCAGGUAACUCCCAGACCAGAAAUUUUAACACAGGUAACUCCCAGACCAACAAAUUCAAUUCAGGUAACUCCCAGACCAGUAAUUUUAACACAGGUAACGCCCAGACCAGCAAUUUUAACACAGGUAAUUCCCAGACCAACAAAUUCAAUUCAGUUAACUCCCAGACCAGUAAUUUUAACACAGGUAACUCCCAGACCAACAAAUUUAAUUCAGGUAACUCCAAAACCAGUAAGUUUGACACAGGUAACUCCCAGACCAACAAAUUCAAUUCAGGUAACUCCCAAUCUAGUAAUUUUAACACAGGUAACUCCCAGACCAACAAAUUCAAUUCAGGUAACUCCCAGACCAGAAAUUUUAACACAGGUAGCUCCCAGACCAACAAAUUCAAUUCAGGUAACUCCCAAACCAGUAAUUUUAACACAGGUAACUCCCAGACCAACAAAUUCAAUUCAGGUAACUCCCAGACCAGAAAUUUUAACACAGGUAACUCCCAGACACCCACUUUCAUCACAGGUGACAUUCAAUCAAGUACUUUUAAAGCAGGUAACGCUCAGAAUAGUAACCUAAACACAGGUGACGUUCAGACCAUUGUUAAAAUUGAUAAUAAUCAGAGUAGCAACAGAGGAAGUAACACACAUAGUAACGCUGACAGAGGAGAUAACAUACAGAGCAGUAACGCUAACAGAGGAGGCAACUUACAGAACAGUAAUGCUAACACCAACAGGGGUCUCACCGUUAAUCGAGGCAGUGUCCGUUUCAGCACCACUAACAGAGGCCUCCCUGAAAAUAGUGACCCAAAUAAUGUUCAAUUUAGCAGUAAUAAUAUUGUUCAAAUUAAGAGUAUUAACAGUGAUAAUGUUCAAAAUAUCAACGGUAACAGGAACAAUAUUCAAACUGGUAUUCGUAACAAUGUUAAUGUGGUGAAUGUUGGUGUGACGAAUGUUGAGGGAGGAAGGGAGGGAGGUGAGCGGCGGGGCCCCUUCAGGGAACUGCCCUCACCUCCUGUCAUCAUACAUGGCGGGUUCGUCCCCAUGACCCCUCCUACCACUACCACCACCACCACUGCCAGACCUGCUAACCCCUCCUUCUCCCUCACCCCUCCAACAGCGUCGGCCUUUGGUCUCAGGGCGGCACCUCCCAUACUCGCCACAACCCUGACUCCCUCACUUCCACGACCCACCACCCCACGACGACAUAUCUUCAAGGCAUCGACUACUCGUCUGACCACGACCCCAGCGCCUGACACAUUCAGACCCACCACCACGACCCCACCUCGAGUCACGACUUUCAGAGGACCUUUCCCCUCCCAAACCUUCACGACCUCUUCCCCACUUUCUACCACUCGCUUGUAUAAUUUCGUAAACAAUAUCAGCCCCGUCAGAAGGCAGUCAUCUAGUUUCACUACCACUCCCAGCCCAAACACUCGCCCCCAGACCACUUUAAAAUCCAUCACCAGAGGACCGUCUACAAGCAGGUUUAACUUCAGUCCCUCAACUACUCCACGACCUGUCAGUUCCCAGCGUGUGGUGACGACGAGAUCGCCACCAGUAACUUCCCCUAAACCCAACAGAGUCUUGUCUUCCACGAUUCAGCCACAGUUCAAAAGCGUCCGAGCCACCCGGCAGCCCUCCAGAACACCCUCAUUCUCCGUCAACAACGUUGCAAAACAGCUGUUGAAGCCCUUCACGACGUCACGGCCGUCGCCAGGGGGCAAAACUUCCAGCAUCUCGCAGGCAGGACAGACCAACAACAGCGAAACUAUACCCCGGUCAUUCCAGCCUCUGGCGCCCAUCAGCGGGAAGUCGUUCAUCUUCGUACGGAACGGCAACAACGAGUACCGUGUGGUGUGGGACUAGCGUGGAGGACGGCGGCCUCCAGUACUCCACCGGGGAGGCCAGGCACCCCAGGACCUGCUGCUGCACACCACCAACUUCCUUCACUGCCGAGGACCUUCUUCCCUCUUGUCUAUUUUAC